AACUAAUCUAAUCCUAAAACGGACCGGACGGUCAGCUCUUUAGGACUAUAUUGUGAGUGAGUGAUGUGAAUUGUGAAGUGACAGGAUUUUGAAAAAAACUAAUCAGAGCCAUGGAGGUAGAUGCAAACUCAAGCGGUUCCAGUGAUGAAAACUUCUCAAGCCCUACAUAUGACGAUUUCUACUUCUACAACUACAAAUGGGACAAUCUCUUCUGCGGCAAAAAAACUGAUCAGAACCGUAACAAGGACUACAUAAGCUACUACAAGAAAGAAGAUUAUGCCAACACAGUAGCUGCUUUGAAAAAAUGUGACUUGACAGGUGAUAAGCGACCUCUUGGUGGUUACAACUAUGAUGGAAAGAAGGUCGUGGAGGAAAACAAUGGAAGAAGAGUGCAAAUUGACUAUUAUAGUGGAGGCAACAGUGUAAUCAAUAGUAUAAGUAGUGCUAAGAAGACAGAUACUGUGGUGCAGUUGACUGGUAUCGAAGGGUAUGGGAAGAAACCUAUUAGUUUUUCGUCAGAACAAGUAGCCUGUAUUUGCGAGUCACUAGUUCAACGCAAAGCCCUAGAUCGCCUAUCAGCUUUCCUGUGGGCUCUCCCAGAUGAGGCCUUCGACGCCCUAAGAUCAAAUGAACCCUUCCUUAGAGCACGCGCCAGGGUCGCUUACCACAGAGAGUCCUUCCAGGAUCUUUACGCUAUAUUGGCAUCGCAUCCCUUUCAUCCUAGGUAUCACACGGAGCUUCAGAAGAUUUGGUUCAACGCGCAUUAUACAGAAGCGGAGAAAAUAAGAAACAGACCUUUGGGUGCCGUGGACAAAUACCGUCUCCGUAAAAAGUUCCCUUUGCCCAAAACAAUAUGGGAUGGGGAAGAAACAGUCUACUGCUUCAAAGAGAAAAGUCGUAAUGCCCUGAAAGAAUGUUAUGAGAGGAAUAAAUACCCCACACCUGACGAGAAGAAAGCCUUAGCAGCUAGGACGGACCUUACCCUUACACAAGUCUCCAAUUGGUUUAAAAAUAGGAGGCAGAGGGACAGGACACCACAACACAGAGACAUAAUAAAUAACAACGUAACCUUGAACCCUCACCAAGCAGGCAAUAUGAUGAUGGCGAUAUCAAGUCAUCCCCACCACCAAACAAACGGAAAUCUGGAGAUGACUGCAGCAUUUAGUGCAGCCUCCAAGCUAUUCGAUUCUGCCUGUGCUAUAUCCAGCUGUUAUUCAGAAUAUUAAAUGUUGAGGGUUUAUAGCGUUAAAUACCGUACUAUGAGGAAACUGUGUUUGGUAGCAGAAAUUACACACUCGAUAUUUCCCUGACUAAAGGUGUUAUCGCUUCUUGUAAAUAUCUUGAUCUCAAAUAGUCGCGAAGACUAAAGUUCCACUUUCCACUACUAUAUAUUUUUCUAAAAGAGUUUUUAUUACACAAAAAAGCAUGUUUUAAAGUUGUUGGAAUUAACUUUUUGAAUAAUUUUUAAUUCCUCAAAGAAUUGCUAUUACCAGGUCCUAAUCAAUAUAAAAAACGAGUUAAUUAGUGUUGAAAUGGACAUGUUUUCUUUAGGUUUCCUGUAACCAUGUCUUCAGUGCGGUAUAGGUCUGGGUCUUGGAGACAAACGAAACGGAAACCAAACAAGUGCAUAUGGUCCUUUAAAAAAUUCAAAACACAGUGCAUGAGUAGGUGAAAUUCUGAUGAUCGCCACCUACUAAUAGUUCGCCAAUAGUUCUUGAUUGAGCGGAUAGUUAAUUUCUUUCAAAAAUGCUUGUUCAUCUAGCCUGCCAGAUUCAAGCGGGUUCCACACGGUUCAUGUUUAGGACGUUAUUAUUUUUAGUGUACAUUAACGAACAAUUACAUUUUAUUUGAAGAUGAUGGGACAAUUCUCAAUAAAUACUCCACAACAUACUCGUUACUAGAUGUUACUAUUACGGCAUAAAAUUAAAUCAAAGACUAUGAAAUAACUGAUAGAAAAUGGUUUCUAUAGUUUUGAAGCGUGUAUUCUUCAGUGAUUUUAUAGUUCUUUCUUCAUAAUGAAUUUUACUUUAUUUAUUUGUGUUUUGGCUUUCUACAUUGACCGUUUUG